AUGAGCUGGUACAAGAAGGACAAUCCACAGAUAGUCAAAGGCGCCACUCCCGAGAAGCCAAAGGGGAAAGAGAAUUAUGUCCAAGUUCCCACCUCUUCACCCAUCUAUAUCAGCUCCUCUCCCGUGAAGCAUAAUACAAAUGUUCCCUCACUCACCACCAAACUAGAAGAAUCGAAACAGCGAGAAUUAGAAGCCAAGAGACAAGCUAUUAGACAACACAAGGAUUUCCCUGUGAUCAGAAAACGAUUCUAUUACCUUAGUGAAAGUGAUAUCUUUAAAGGGUUUGUCAAGGGGAAGGGUAAUCUUCGAUUGAUUACGCAAUGGUUGGAGACUAAUUUUGAUAGAAAUGAGAGUUUACGCAAAGAAGAAGAGGAGAGAAAGAGAAGAAGGGAAGAAGAAGAGAAAAUCAGACAAAAGAACAUGGAGGAGAAGAUGAAACGGGAAUACGAAGCCAGAGAGGAACGAAUAAGACAACAGCAACAGCAACAACAAGAGAAUGAUACAAAGCAUGCCGAUUAUUCUGAAGAAGACGAAUCGCCAGUUAAGUUGAAGGGAAGAGCAAGAGUUAAACGUCUUCCAGACAUGUCUCCUACUAAAGAAGCAGAAGUUUCAACUAAGGUGCAAAUAACCAAACCAAAGCAAUCAAUUUUGGACAAGUAUAAGUUCAAACCCAAGACUCAACCUACUUUGGAUAAUUUCGGACGCCUUGAGUCUCUUCCAAAGAAGAGAAAGUUAGUCAGAGCUUCUCAUGUUGAAGAAAACAAUAGCAAAGACGCCACUUCCUUAAAGAGCAAGUUUAGUUUCAAUGAAAAUAUUCCAAAGUUAAAACACUCAGUUAUGACCGAAAUUGAGUCUAUCGUCAAUGAUAAGGAAGAAGAAGAUGACGGUAUAGUUGCAGAUGAUGACUUGGAAAGAUUGGAAGAGAAAAUCAAAGAAAACAGAAAGAGAGCAAAGCAACAACAGCAAACUUUACAACAAAAGGUUAUUAACAUAAGUGACGAUGACGAAGAUCUUCUUGAAGAAGAUGAUGAUAGUGAUUCUAUGUCUGAAGAAGAGGAAGCUGUCUCUGUAGGUAUAACCAGCAUUGAUGCAAAGAUUCUCGAGUUUAUCAAUAACGCACCAGUCACCGAUUUGAUUGAUAUUGCCGGGGUUGAGCCUGCUGUAGCUGAUGUCGUUGCUUCCCAACGUCCAUUUUCUACUAUUUAUGAUAUUGCUGAAAAUGACUUUUUGUUACCUGAUGAAGUUCCUAACAAAAGAAAGAGAAAGAAGUUGGGUAUGAAGAUUAUUGAACACACCGAGUCGAAUUUGAAGGGAUACAGAGCGGUUGAUUCUUUGAUCAAAUCCUGUUCCGAGUAUGGUGAUUUCAUUUCCAAGCAAAUGAAGGCCUGGGGUGUCACUGUCACUGGUGAAGAAGGUGAAUUGAACAUGGUUGACAUUGAUCCUUUGGACGAUGGCGAUGUGGAAGUUAUCCAAGACAGUCAAUCUGAGGAAGAUGAGGACGAUGAGGUCGUAAUCACCCGUCAAAAGAAGGGCGGGUUGAAAUAUAUCAAGCAUAAGCCACUUUUAUUGGCCGAAGACAUCACAUUGAGUAAUUAUCAACAAGUUGGAAUCAAUUGGAUGAAUUUAUUAUACAGCAAUAAAUUAUCGUGUAUUCUUGCCGAUGAGAUGGGAUUGGGUAAGACAUGUCAGGUUAUUUCAUUCAUGGCCCACUUGAAGCAAAUGGAAGAACCAGGACCUCAUUUAGUUAUUGUUCCGUCAUCUACUAUUGAGAACUGGUUAAGAGAAUUUGCCAAGUUUUGCCCUGAUAUUAAAGUGCAAGCAUAUUAUGGAAGUAUGAAGGAUAGAGAAGAGUUACGGUACGAGUUAUCCACUGAUUCUGAUCAUGAAGUUUUGGUGACUACUUAUAAUUUAGCUAGUGGGUCUUCAGCUGAUUUCAAGUUUUUAAAAUCGCAAAACUUCAAUGUCAUUGUAUACGAUGAAGGACAUUUAUUAAAGAAUUCAAGUUCUGACAGAUAUGCCAAGUUGAUGAGAUUAAAGGCAAAGUUCAGGUUAUUAUUAACUGGUACUCCCUUGCAAAAUAAUUUGAAGGAAUUGGUUUCCCUUUUAGCAUUCAUGUUACCGAAAUUGUUUGAAGAGAAGAAAGAAGAUUUGAUUGGAUUGUUUAACCAAAAGUCAAGUUCGUUCUCCGCAACUUCGUCUAACAACAAGUCGAGAUCAGCUACUCCAACAGAUUACAAUCCGCUUUUAUCCCAGCAAGCAAUCAAGAAAGCAAAGACCAUGAUGACUCCGUUUGUUUUGAGACGUCGUAAAGACCAGGUGUUGCAGUACUUGCCUGCUAAAUGCCACGAAAUCCUUUAUUGUGAUUUGACCGAAAGUCAAACCAAGAUUUACCAGGAUUAUUUGUCGGAAGCAAGAAAAGCCCGAGAUGAACGAGAACGUAGAAGAUUGAUGGAUAGAAAGCAAGCGGAUUUGGAGUACAAGAAUAAUCCAAUUCCAAGUUCAACCAAUGUCAUUAUGCAAUUGCGUAAAGCUUGUUUGCAUCCUUUGUUAUUCCGGACCCAUUAUGACGAUGCCAAGUUGCAGAAAAUGGCCAAGGCAAUCAUGAAUGAACCGGAAUAUGUUGAGGCUAACCAACAGUAUAUCUUUGAGGAUAUGCAAGUCAUGAACGAUUUCGAGUUGAAUAGACUUUGCGAGCGAUUUCCCGUCACUUUGAAAUCUUAUGUUUUGCCAGAGGAGGAGUUUUUGAGUAGUGGUAAGGUUAUUCAGUUGCGAGAAAUCCUCGAUAAGAUUAUUAACCAGCGUGGAGAGAAGGUGUUAAUAUUCUCGUUGUUUACACAAGUGUUGGACAUUUUGGAAAAGAUAUUGACGCUUUUCAAAUAUAAGUUUCUUCGAUUGGACGGGUCGACUUCCGUGGACACCAGACAAGAUACAAUUGACGCAUUUUAUGACGACGAGACCAUCCCAGUAUUUUUAUUAUCGACUAAAGCCGGUGGGUUUGGGAUUAAUUUAGUGGCUGCGAACAAUGUAAUUAUAUUCGAUCAAUCAUUUAACCCACAUGACGACAAACAAGCCGAAGACCGUGCUCACAGAGUGGGUCAAACUAAAGAGGUGACCGUUUAUAAAUUAAUUGUUAACAAGACGGUGGAAGAAAACAUGUUAAUGAUAGCCAAGAACAAAUUACAAUUGGAUUCAAGCAUUAGUUCCGAUGGAAGUGACGAUUCUAAAUUCGAAGAAAAUGCCGCAUCAUUAUUUGAGAAACUUUUAUUUGAAGAAUCUGUAUAA